GUGAGAGAAAAAUCAAUAAUAAAAGAUUUUCACCAUUGAAUCGACAAAAGGUUUGCUAGUAAAAAUCGUAUUUUUUCGGGAAUAAUCCUGGUAAAAAUCUCGUAAGUUCUCGUGGAAAAGUGCGAACAACAGUGCAACAACCAUGGCCGAUAACGAGCAGAAAGCUCUGCAAUUGGUUGCCGAAGCGGAGAAGAAACUAAAUUCGUCGAAGGGUUUCUUCGGUUCACUUUUUGGGGGUGGCUCAAACAAGGUAGAGGAAGCCGUGGAAUGUUACCAACGGGCAGCAAAUAUGUUCAAGAUGGCUAAGAAAUGGGCCCAAGCCGGAUCCGCGUUUUGCGAGGCGGCUAAUCUCCACUCCAAGGCUGGAAGUCGUCACGAUGCGGCCACAAACUUUGUCGAUGCGUCCAACUGUUACAAGAAGACCGAUCCAAACGAAGCCGUUAGCUGUCUGUUGAAGGCCAUCGACAUCUACACGGACAUGGGUCGCUUCACCAUGGCUGCUAAGCACCACCAAAGCAUUGCCGAGAUGUACGAAAAUGAAGCCAACGACUUGCAACGUGCCGUGCAGCACUACGAGCAGGCCGCAGAUUACUUCAAGGGCGAAGAAUCGACCAGCUCGGCCAACAAGUGUAUGUUGAAGGUGGCGCAGUACGCGGCCCAACUGGAGGACUACGAAAAGGCUAUCCAAAUCUACGAACAGGUGGCGGGCUCCUGUCUGGAUAGCUCCCUGCUAAAGUACAGCGCCAAGGAAUACUUCUUCCGGGCCGCCCUCUGCCAUCUGAGUGUCGAUGCGAUGAAUGCUCAACAUGCGCUCGACAAGUACGCACAACAGUAUCCGGCAUUCCAGGACUCGCGGGAAUACAAACUGGUUAAGACCCUAUGUGAACAUCUCGAAGAGCAGAACGUGGACGGUUUCACCGAAGCGGUAAAGGAUUACGAUAGCAUUUCUCGGUUGGAUCAGUGGUACACCACAAUUUUGCUAAGAAUCAAAAAGCAAGCCAAUGACAAUCCUGAUCUGCGAUAAAUUGGCGGUUUGCAUUGAAACAGUAGAAGCGACGCGUUGUACCCCAUCUUACUCUACCAAGCAAAAAUAUAUUACUAAACUAACAAACUACUAUCAGCAGAUUUUUUUCGAUUCGAAUGGGAUAAUUAAUAGGACUUAAUCUAGUUGACGUGGAAGUCAUCAAGAAGGAACGUUUAUCUACUAAUCGAUGGAUGUAACGCGCGCUCUAAUGCAAAACAAUGGCAGACGUGUUGCAGGAUUGCAAUUGUUUUUAGACUAAGUUUCCAAUAUUAUAUAUUAUCAACUAUAUUGAAAAAAAAACUCUAGCAUUAAGUGGAAAGACUUUACGUGAAUGAGAAAUAUAAUUCACAAAGAGAAAAAUGCAGAACUUUAUCAGACCAUACGGCACGAACGUGUUUAUGUUUGUUUUGUGUUUGGCGCGGAACUAUCAUUCCGAUUUGGUUGUUACGACCUAAUGCAGCAGAUCAGAAGCGAAGAAAAUGUUAAAGUUGUCUUUUUGAAAGUUUUGUUUAUUGCCUAUGUUGUGUAAAUUAUCAGGAAUACAAAGUUAGCGAAACACAUUUUACUUGAAUGUAAACUGAAAAUAUUUAGUGUGUAACGCGUUUAAACCAUUUAAGCAUCCAAUAAUGAGAAGAAAAAUAAAACAGCGCAGAACAAUAAAUCUACACUUUUAGUUCUAUCUCACACUAGUCAAAAAUAAUAGUGAAAGAUGAAUUUCAGAUAAAAUAAAACAAUUAUCACUGCUAAUCGAUAGCGACAGUCCGAUGAAAUUGCACUGUAAAAGUAAAACAAAAAUUGUCUUUGAAUAUAUAUCAUAAAGCUUCGAAAAUAAAGCGUCGUUAUUCACAACUACAAACAGAAAUCAAUUGCAUCGCAUUAUCUACCGGAAACCAGGGCAGAACCGAAAGAAAUUUACCCACUUGAGUACAUAGAUGCUAAUAAUUAGCAAAACAUUGAAGUUAUCCUCCGCGAAUAAAAAUUAAAAAAAAGCAUUCCUUAGCCAAUUAAGGUAAUAGGUUGAUGAACAUAAUCGAGGUUGAAUCUUACAACGGGGAUCUCUUUAGUGAAAUUGAAUAUUGUCUGAACCAUAACCGAAUCAACUUUUCUUUGCAUAUACAAAAAAAAUCUAAAUUGAGCUAAACGAGAAACAUUGCAUAUGACCUGCUCUGCACGAUUUGAAAGUUGGAUCGCUUCCGGUGUGACAAAGAAGAAAAAGUAAAAGUUGUGGAUUUGCGAAGCAGGUGAAUGAUAAGCAAACUAGAAGAAUCCCAAUUACGUGUUUUCAAAUUGCAAUAAAUAAAGCCAACCGACAGAAGGCACAUACUACGGAAGAA